UAAAAUAUUCGACCUAACGUGACGAAUAUUAGAGAGAUUGAUAAGUGACAACACUAUAUCUCAAGUUUUCACCACCCCCAACAAAAACCACAUAUCUUAGAGAGAUGAGAGAGACUAAUUUUGGCGAGAAAACGCGUGUUCUAGUGGUUGGAGGGACGGGAUCCUUGGGGAGGAGGAUUGUAAGUGCAUGUUUGGCUGAGGGACACGAGACUUACGUUCUGCAGCGGCCGGAGAUCGGAGUGGACCUUGAGAAGGUGCAGCUCCUCCUCUCUUUCAAAAGACUUGGCGCACAUCUCGUGGAAGGCUCAUUCUCCGAUCACCAGAGCCUUGUCUCUGCCGUAAAGCAAGUCGACGUGGUUGUCUCCGCCAUGUCCGGCGUCCAUUUCCGCACCCACAACAUCCCCGUUCAACUCAAACUGGUCGAAGCCAUCAAAGAGGCCGGUAGCGUCAAGCGUUUUUUACCAUCGGAAUUCGGAAUGGAUCCGUCGCGUAUGGGACAUGCAAUGCCACCAGGAAGUGAAACAUUCGAACAAAAAAUGGAAGUACGAAAUGCAAUCGAAGCCGCGGGGAUACCCCACACAUACCUCGUCGGCGCUUGUUUUGCCGCAUACUUCGGUGGGAAUUUAUCUCAAAUGGGAACUUUGGUGCCUCCCAAAAAAAGAGUUGAUAUCUAUGGAGAUGGAAAUGUUAAAGUGAUAUUCGUGGAUGAAGAUGAUAUGGCAAAAUAUACCGCAAAGACGCUUAAUGAUCCCCGAACGAUGAAUAAAACUGUGUACGUUAGACCUGCCGACAACAUUCUCACACAUUUGGAACUCGUUCAAAUAUGGGAGAAACUAACCGGAAAAGUAUUGGAGAAGACAUAUGUUUCAGCACACGACUUUCUUGCUGACAUUGAAGAUAAGGAAAUAGCGCACCAAGCGGGAUUAGGACAUUUCUAUCACAUAUACUACGAAGGUUGUCUCACAGAUCAUGAAGUCGGAGACGACGAAGAAGCUUCUAAACUCUAUCCAGAUGUGAAGUACACACGCAUGGAUGAAUAUUUGAAAAUUUUCGUAUGAUUUUUGGUUGAACCAAAAUACAUACAUAUAUAGAAAACAUAUCGGCCAUUUGCUAAGUUUUCAUCUCUUAUUUUCAGUGUUUUUGUUUCGUUAAAGAAUAAAGAUGUUAUUAUGUGUGUAUUUGAAUUUUUCAAUGGUUAUAUUUAACAAAAAUACUGUAGA